GAUAAGAGGCAGGCUACUCCAUUGUGCAGUAGAGGAAGGAACCAUCAGCGAACCACAGCCGACCUCGGGGCCAGUGGUGUCGUGGAACCGGUUGAUCUCUAGAACCAUUUCAAACCGAAUUCCUUUUAUUACCGAGCGGGAGUAAAAAGAAGGCAACUCAAAUAGUCCAAAAAGAAUGACAUUGUAUUAUUGAGGAAACAUCUGAAAUUAGACGCUAAUGGAUAUUCUAUGAAGACAAAUGUGGAAAAUAACUGGGAAAUGUAACGAGUGACUCGAAGUUUACUGGUACAGUGAAAGCAGACACGACUACAGUGAUAAAUGUCAAGGAAUUUGACUGCGAGUGCUUGUUUGCAACGCUAGAUUUUGAGGACUAAUGAGAGACAAUGAGGAACCUGAUUUGACGCCAUCAAUUGAAAAAAGGCGGCUUCUGUUUGGGGCGUCUUCGGGGUCACUUAAAGGUUCUCGGGGGGAAAUGAUAUAACCCGACUGUGUCAAUAUUCCUGGAAAAGUGAAACAACCGAAACCAUUGAAAGAAUAUAACUUUCUUCAGAUGCAAAGACAAUAAAUAAAUAGAUAAAUCAAUAAACAAUUACUGAGGAGAGAAAGGAAAACUUCCAUUCUUUUGUCGAAGGAUGGACAUGGAGGUAUCAGGGAGUGAAGAGGGAGUGUUUCCCAGCCCAUCAACUCUGCAGUCACUAUCCGCGACUUUCAUGGCAGGAGACUGGUGGAAGCGGGUGCACGAUGCCUUUUGGAGUGAGGAUGCCUGGCUUCCAGAGGGCGUCUCAUGGAAGGAUAUCGAUACCUCAGCAAGCGAAAUUUGGUACUAUCCAAUGCUCUUCAGUUUAGUCAUUAUGUUUCUUCGAUAUUGCAUCAUUCAACCUUUUAUUCUCGUUCCAAUUGCUAAUGCAAGACUUAUCCCCAAUAAAAGAACAAAAGCACCUAUUCCCAAUAGAGCACUAGAGGACAUAUAUCAGCAGUUCCAGUUUGACGUACCCCAGAGUGUCUUGGUAAAAGCAUCUAAAACAAUGAACAUGACAGUGAGACAAGUGGAAAGAUGGCUGCGUCGUCGGUAUAACUCUGUCAAACUCAACACUCAUGACAAAUUCAUUGAUUGCAGCUUCAAGUUAAUAUGCCACAUUAUCUUCGCCAUAGUUGGACUUUCAGUAACACUACCAAAACCAUGGUUAUGGGACACAACUCUCUGCUACAAGGAUUUUGCGAAUCAAAAAAUACCUUUUGAUAUAUGGUUCUAUCACAUGCUUAUUCUAGCUUACUACUGGGCCAUAACAGUGGAGGAACUCCCAAAACCAGGUGGAAGAGGUUCAGACAAGAUGCAAAUGAUUCUGCACCACACACUCACCAUAUUACUCACCGCAUUUUCUUAUACAGCCGGUCAUUUCAGAAUGGGAGGCCUCAUUAUAUUCGUUCACGAGUAUUCGGAUAUAGCGCUACUAGCUGCAAAAACCUGCCAUUAUGCAGGGUACGAUGGGCCUACAGGGAUGCUCUUUGUAACAUUUGUGAUACUGUGGUUCUUAACAAGGUGUUUCAUUCUUCCAUUCUGGCUAAUGAGAUCCAUUUUUUUCGAAAUGCCCCAAAGCUUCAACCAGAUAAGCAUCAAGAUCCAGAAGGGAUGGAUGAUCAUUCUCUUCCUGUUGACUAUGUACUGGACUGGACUUGUCAUCCGAACCGUAGUCAGAAAACUCACAGGAAAGGGACUGCAGGAUGUCCGAUCUGCCCCAGAGGACACAAGUGACUCCGAAAAUGACAAAAAAGAUUAACAUUAACAUAGACUUUUGUACUUAUUUAUGUAUAUAUUUCUCUAUUUAACUCGCCAAAGUAUUUAUGAGUAUAUAUAUAAAUGGAUGGAUCUGUCUUACAGAGUAUGUACGAGUUCCCUCAAGUGGCAUUUUAUGAUUGUGUAAGUUUUUAAACCGUUGAGGGAUGUCCGUUAUUUUUGCCAUAUUGCCCAUCAAAAGAAUACAUUAAAAUACAUGAUUUGUA